AUUCUCCUAGAUAAUAAGUUAAAAGUUGAGUGCUUCUCUUCUCCGUGUUCUUCGCUGGCUCUAUAUUCAACAUCCAUAAAGUGAAAGGCAACGCACAGAAGAGCCAUCACUCACAAACAAAGAAAAGGCAGAAAAAAGUCUCAAAAACAUUCUUCUCUUUGGCCUUUACUCAAAACCCACACAGCUUCCUCUGGCUUCCUCUUUGUCGGAACUCAUGGACGCUACGAAGUGGACACAGGGCUUUCAAGAAAUGAUGAACGUUAAACCAAUGGACCAAAUCAUGAUUCCUAAUAACAACACACAUCAAUCAAACACCACGUCAAGUGCAAGGCCAAGCACCAUUCUCACACCAAACGGCGUCUCAGCCGCUGGAGCCACCGUCUCUGGCGUAAGCAACAACAACAAUACCGCGGUUGUGGUGGAGAGGAAAGCAAGACCACAAGAGAAACUAAAUUGUCCAAGAUGUAACUCAACCAACACAAAGUUUUGUUACUACAACAACUAUAAUCUAACACAACCAAGAUACUUCUGCAAAGGUUGUCGAAGGUAUUGGACCGAAGGUGGAACUCUUAGGAAUGUCCCUGUCGGGGGAAGCUCAAGAAAGAACAAGAGAUUAUCUUCGUCUUCUUCUUCAUCAAACAUCCUUCAGACAACACCAUCUUCACUUGGUUUGACUACAACACUUCCAGAUCUAAACCCACCAAUUCUCUUCUCAAACCAAAUCCCCAAUAAAUCAAAAGGGUCAUCACAGGAUCUCAACUUGUUGUCUUUCCCGGUCAUGCAAGAUCAGCAUCAUCGUGUUCACAUGUCUCAGUUUCUUCAGAUGCCUAAGAUGGAAGGAAAUGGCAACAUAACUCAUCAGCAGCCUUCAUCAUCAUCCUCUCUCUAUGGUUCUUCUCCUGUUUCAGCUCUUGAGCUUUUAAGAAGAGGAGUUAGUGUUUCUUCAAACUCAGUUAUGCCUUCUGGUCCAAUGAUGGAUUCAUCAAACAAUGUGAUGUACACUUCUUCAGGAUUUCCAACAAUGGUGGAUUACAAGCCAAGUAAUCUCUCUUUCUCUACUGAUCAUCAUCAAGGGACUGGACACAACAACCACAAUAGGUCAGAUGAUGCUCAUCAUCAAGGUAGGGUUUUGUUUCCAUUUGGGGAUCAAAUGAAGGAGCUUUCAUCAAGCAUAACACAAGAAGUUGAUCAUGACGAUAAUCAACAACAGAAGAGUCAUGGUAAUAAUAAUAAUAAUAUUUCUUCAAGCCCUAAUAAUGGAUACUGGAGUGGGAUGUUCAGUACUACGGGAGGAGGAUCUUCAUGGUGAAGCAAAAUGAUCAAAAGAGAUUGUGAAAUUAGAUUUCUACUUCUCUUUCUACUUCUCUUUCAUAACACAACAGUCUUUUAUUCUCCUUAUUUUUCUAGGUUUUUAUUUUGUUUAAAUAUAUAUAUAUUUUUAAGAAAAAAUGCUCUAUAAUUUUGAUAGUAAUUUGGGUUUGUUUGGUCACUUUGAUUUAUUGAUACGUAGCGUAUAUGACUAUAUGUAUAACAGAGUUGUGUAUAGUUAGAAGAAUAUGUGAAUACGAAUCUCUUAAGUGUUA